AUGGCUCAGAAGAGCACAGCUUCUCUUACGAGCGCUUUUGAAGUCCUGGACCGAUACUGUCUCUUCACCAAUGACCAUCAAAGAGCCUGGUGGGAGCAGACCGCGAGACUCUUGGAUAAGGUUCUGGCAUCGGCCGACUACAGUCCGGGACGACGCUUGGAGGCCCUCACCUUCUUCAGUCAGGUGCUGAUCCCAAGCUUGGGUCCCUAUCCAUUUUCCUUUCGCAGCGCCAUAACGCGUAGCGGUCUGCCACUUGAAUUUAGCGUCAACUACCAGCAACGUGGAGAGACAGGCCCUGUUGUUCGUGUCGGGUUCGAGCCCCUCGCGGCAGCCUCUGGGACCGAGCAUGAUCUCUACAACCAGAAACCGCCGGUUGAUUUCCUGAAUAAGCUCCAGAAACUCGGGCUUCCCGGCUACGAUGAUUUUCUCUUUCGAUAUUUCCUGGACGCACACACUCUUAAUUCCCGUGAGAGAGACCAGCUGCAGGGGAAGGCUAUUGAGGGCAGCCAGUUGACCUCACAAGCAGCAUUUGGGUUUGACCUUAAGCCUGAAGGAAUUUCAGUUAAGGGUUAUACCUUCCCUGCUAUGAAAUGCCAUCUCGGCGGCGAAGAAUUUGGCCCGUUCGUGAACGAGUCCGUUAAGCCCCUCCUCGCGCAGAUGGGACCGCUUCCAGCCCUUGACAUGGCCACGGAAUACUUGGAGGAAACUAAAGGGGCCAGCCAAUUUGCAUUCUGGUCUUUUGACUGCGUUGCUCCUUCCCAAUCCCGCCUGAAGCUCUAUAGCUCCAACAACAGCGUUGUGUGGUCUAAGAUUGAGGAAAUUUGGACCAUGGGAGGACGCGCCAAAUCACAUGUUGUUCAGAAAGGCUUGAAGUACCUUGAGGAGCUUUGGCAGUUGCUGGGGCUUUCUGAGGGCCAUCAUGGCUUUACCGGCGGCUUUGAUGAUGGCAAAGACUCGACCCCGACCCCGAUGGUGUGGAACUACGAGGUGAAGAAAGGGGAGCCAAUUCCUCUCACAAAGUUCUACUUUCCCGUCCACGGAGAAAGCGAUCAGAGGAUCAUCCGCGGCCUGUCUCAAUUCUUGACCCGGAUUGGCUUGGAAAAGUACGGCAGCAGCUACGAGGCUACAGUGCAGCACUACUUGUGA